AUGGUUAAGAAAGUGUUGUUGAUCAACGGCCCCAACUUGAACUUGUUGGGAACCAGAGAGCCUGAAAAAUAUGGAACGACCUCAUUGAAAGAUAUUGAACAGGCGGCUCAGAACCAGGCUACUGCCAAACAAGAUGGCUCUGAAGUGUUGGUUUACCAGAACAACACCGAAGGUUUCAUUAUCGAUCGUAUCCACCUCGCCAAGCAAGAGGGUGUAGGAUUCAUAAUAAUAAAUGCUGGAGCUUAUACUCACACGUCAGUGGGUAUAAGGGAUGCCCUUUUGGGAACAGCCAUUCCAUUUAUCGAAGUGCACAUUACUAAUGUCCACCAGAGAGAACCAUUCAGACACCAGUCUUACUUGAGCGACAAGGCAGUAGCAGUAAUUUGCGGAUUGGGUGUCUACGGCUACACUGCUUCCGUAGAGUACGCCUUGAACUACUAG